AUGGCGAUCUCCCAGGCCUGCCAGAGUGUUUCCAUUUAUAUCACCGGUUGCCAACAGAUCGCGGCCGUCCGCCCCAUCUGCUACAGAACGCCCCGACCGGAUGGUAGUGUGUUCUGCCAAUUGACAAUCCAUCAUAUAUUGGUCGACGGAGCCACGGAACAAAUAUUCCUGGCCGAGUUCGACCGUGCGUAUCGUGGGGUGUUGGAUGAAACACCCGCUGAGAAGUUGGGCUCCUACGUCAAUUACCUAGCAGGCUGCGAUCUCGCAAGAUGGAAGGAAUAUUGGAAAGAUUAUCUGAAGAAUCUCGCCCCAUGCAUCUUCCCUUCAUUAGAUGUCUCCGUACAGAGACCUCCGAAGCUGAUGCCCCAGAUUCUUCCCUUCAAUUUCGAGAUUGGACAAGAGUUGCAUGCUUUCUGUCAGCAAAAUGGCAUGACAGCGUCUAGCUUUCUGCAAGUGGCCUGGGGACUGGUGCUGCGGACAUAUACCGGGUCCGAGUCUGUGUGUUUUGGCUAUUUGCACUCCUGUCGUGACCUGCCCAUUGUUUAUGCCGACCGCAUUGCUGGUCCGAUGGUCAACAUCUUGGUAUGCCAGCUAUCGUUAGAUAAGGAUACGUUGGCUUUGGAAACGCUUCUGGCAAACCACGAAGCGUAUGCAAACAGUAUUGAGCACCAACAUUGCUCCCUGGCAGAGAUGAUUCACUCACUUCAACUGUCUGGGAAAUCUCUCUUCAAUACUGUGAUGUCCAUACAGAAGGACGUUUUGACCUCCGACAGUGAGUGUGCAUUCGAGGGCGCCGUAGAACCCGAGGAAGGAGUUGAUGCGACUGAGUUUGACUUGACGGUUAAUAUCGCCACAAGCCAAAGCAGAAUCCGUGGAGAUUUGACCUAUUGGGCCCAUCUCCAUUCCCAUUCCCAAGUGGGCAUGAUCGCGGAUGCUUUCCACAGUAGCAUCAUGCAGUUGCUACGGAGCAGUCACUCACCUGUUGACAGCUUAGCAAUCGCAGGCAGCGGGAACAUGGAUCAAAUUCUCCGAUUCAAUAAAUCAUUACCAGAAAGCAUCGAGACUUGUAUUCAUACGGAGAUCAUAAAAUCGAGCCUCGAUUACCCUGAACCGGUGGCGGUUUCUGCUUGGGACGGCGAUCUCACUUACGGGGAGCUCAAAGAGAGGGCGAACGCGGUUGCCAAAGAACUGGCCCUGCGCUCGGUUGGUCCGGGGACAUUUGUACCGAUACUCAGCGAAAGGUCAAAGUGGGAGCCCGUGUCAAUAGUGGCUGUCCUGGAAGCAGGUGGUGCGUUUAUUUUGCUUGAUCCUGCCCAGCCACAAGACAGACUUCAAAGCAUGAUCCACGAUGACUUCGACUGCCCCGUGAUCAUCGCUUCUCGUCGGCAAGCUGAACUGGCGGCCAGCAUUGUUUCUGAAGUCAUCGUUGCAGAAUCAGCGGAGCAUGGCGAGGUUGACUACGAGGUUCUCGUAUUCAAUUUGGCCUCCGUGUCUGCGCAGUCUGCUUGCUACGCGGUCUUCUCUUCCGGAAGCACGGGGAAGCCCAAAGCCAGUGUUAUUGAACAUCGCUCUUAUCUGUCGGCUGCCCAUCACCACAGCAAAGCCAUGGAUUUAAAUGCGCAAUCGCGGGCUCUGCAUUUUGCUUCCAAUGCGUUCGACGCAGCUAUCUUGGAAAUCCUGAGCACUCUUCUUGUAGGAGGAUGUGUUUGUAUUCCUUCAGAUGACGAGCGAAAUAACAAACUGGAAGCCUCUAUCGCCAAGUACGAAGUAACUUGGACCCUUCUCACGCCCUCCGUAUCUCGCGUCCUCGACCCACGGGCAGUGCCAACUCUGAAGACGCUGGUAUUUGGAGGGGAGCGAAUGAGCUUAGACGAUAUCCGACGGUGGUCCCCAUAUGUAGCGUGCAUGAACGCUUACGGACCCUCCGAGGCUUCUGUGGUCUCAACAUGCCAGCCCUCUAGCCAGUGCCUUCUGGAUGAUCCCUCGAAUAUCGGGCAUCCCACAGGAGCUGUUACUUGGGCACUUAACUCACAUCCGCCACACAAGCCCGUUCCCCUUGGUGCCAUUGGUGAGCUUGCGAUCGAGGGUCCUAUUGUUGGCCGUGGCUACGUCAACCGACCAGACAAUAUGAAGGAAUCAUUUUUGCCUUAUCCAGAAUGGCUGCGUAGAAUCCGCAAUACAGCAAAUGGCGUGCUCUAUAAGACAGGAGAUCUGGUCCGAAUGAUGCCCGAUGGGUCGAUCACCUACCUCGGUCGUCGCGACAACCAAGUCAAGUUGCAUGGGCAGCGAAUUGAGCUGGCAGAAGUUGAACAUCAAGUGCAACGGUGUUAUCCUGUAGCAAAUCCUGAGGUAUUUGCCGACCUCGUGACGCAUGAGGCUUCCCAAACAUCUUAUCUUCUCGCAACCAUCGCUGUCUCUCUACGAACAGGCGAAGAACUGUUCAAGAAAGCAGCACACGAGACGAAAGCCCGCUUGCGGUCCGAGGUCCCGUCAUUCCUGGCUCCUUCCUUUUUGUUCGCAGCUGAAGAAGUACCGCGACUAGUUAAUGGCAAAGUCGACCGUCGCAAGCUGCAGCAAGCAGCCUCUCAGAUGGUACAAACUGAAAUAAGCCAGUCCUUGGUAUCCCAUUCAUCGCGGAACUUAUAUCAAUUGAUGCCAGAACAAAGAGUAUUGCAAAGACUCUGGGCAGAUAUUCUCAACCGCCCUUCGGACUCGAUCUUCCCAGAAGAUGAUUUCUUUGCUAUCGGAGGUGACAGCGUUGCUGCCAUGAAGCUCUCAUCGAGUACUGCUACAGAAGGCCUCGAUAUAUCGGUAUCAGAUAUUUUCCUUCAUUCCACGCUAAAAGACCUUGCAAAUGUUGCCGCGACCCGCCAGCCUCCUGUAUUGGGCCCGACCAACAAACUCCCACACAACCAGAGAGAAGCUUUCUCGCUCCUCCCAAGUGGACAUAAGGAAGAGAUACUAUCUCAAGCAAUGAGUCAAUGUUGCGUUCCAAGGGAGCAGAUUCAAGAUGUCUAUCCGUGUACCGAGCUACAGGUCGGACUCGCUGCCCUAACAGCACAACAUCAGGGGGCGUCUGUUGCGCGUCACCGUUUUCGAUUGGGACCUGGUAUCGAUUUGAACAGACUGAGAAAGGCGUGGCAGACUGUGAUGGCAGGAAAUGACAUCCUGCGCACUCGCGUGAUGAUUUUCGAUACGGGCUAUCUUCAGGUUCUGUUGAAGCAAGAUGAGCUUCUUUGGAUCACUGCCAAUGAGCGCAGAGGAGAGACAUUACAGUGGGAAUUGGUCUUCGGACAACCACUUGCACAGUUUGAAAUAGUUCCAUCAAUCACAGAUCAAGAAGGCGAGAAUAGCCAAUUUGAUUUGCUGAUCACAAUGCAUCAUGCGAUCUACGAUGCCUGGUCUCUGACGGUUCUUGUCGAAAAGGCAACAUUGGCAUACCACGACCAAUAUACACCAAACAUGGACGCAGUCCCGUUCCGGGAUUUUAUCGCAUACUCUAUCUUCCAGGAGGAACCGAGUCUGGCGUAUUGGAGCAAGCAGCUCCGCGAGUUGAAAGCAGAUCAAUUCCCACAGUUACCGAGUCCGUCCUAUCGCCCCCAGCCUUCAACACAAAUUGAGCGCACCUUCCACACCGGCCCGUUAAUAGAUGCUUGGGUCAACCGCACUGCAGCAAUUCGACUCUCUUGGGCUCUUGUGCAGUCACAGUAUCAGAACAGCGACGAUAUCGUUUUUGGUGUUAUAUCCAACGGACGCACGGCACCCAUUCAAGGUAUUGAGGCUAUGGUCGGGCCGACAAUCGCGACAUAUCCGCUCCGUGUUCAGGUUAAUAGAGACCUCAAGGGUUCACAGGCGAUCGCGAACUUACAUCAGCAGUCAAUGGAGCUUGCCAGCUUCGAGCAGAUUGGACUCUCCAAAAUCGCUGCUCUUGGGACAGAUGGUGCCCGCGCGUGUGCCUUUCAAAUCUUGCUCAUGGAGCUACGCGCAAAUGAUGACGGUCAAGGACAGGCUAUUAGAGGUUUAAUGCAGGCAUUCGACACUUCUUCUGCGGAUGAUGGGUCUUAUACAUACGCAGUUCAAUUGGCUGCUAUGAUAAAGCCAGAAGAAGUCAGCGUGGCAGCUUGCUUCGAUUCCAAUGUUGUAUCUGAGUGGCAGAUGAGCCGAAUGUUGGAUCAGUUUGGUCACAUAUUGCAGCAAGUCCAUGUCGACCUUGACCGGAGUGUUCAAGAUAUCACCACGAUUAACCGGAAUGAUAUCCAGCAACUUCAAAGCUGGUAUCCUGAGAUACUAGAUCCGGGCGCAAGGACCGUGGUUGACUGCAUACACCAGCAAUGUAUUACACAGCCUUCAUCUCCUGCAAUUUCGAGCUCUAUUGGUGAUCUGUCAUACGAAGAGCUGAAAAUGCGGUCGGACGCUGUUGCUGACCGACUGUUCGCGAACGGUGCAGGACCAGGCACUUCUAUUCCGAUUUACCUUGAGCGUUCUCAGUACGUGCCUGUUGCUGUUCUCAGUGUUCUCAAGACCGGAGCAGCGUUCGUGCUCCUGGAUACCGAACUUCCUCUCGAGAGAUUACGGACGAUUUGCGCAGGUAUUAGCGCUUCUAUCAUCAUUUCCUCUAUUGCCACUCAGGAAAAGGCCAGCAGGUUGGGCGCAGAGGUUGUCACACUCAUGCCAGAAGAAGCUCUGCCUUCCUCCCGACGGAGAUAUGAAUCGACAUUUGGCCCGAACCAACCUCUCUACGUAUCAUUUACAUCAGGUUCGACUGGAGCUCCCAAAGGAGUCGUUGUCAGCAACAACGCAUUCAUGGCCACAGCCAUGGGCCACUCUCGCGUUUCUGGUCUCAGUCCCCAAAGCCAGGUGCUUCAGUUUGCCUCUUACGCGUUUGACGUCAGUAUCUUGGAGCUUCUGCCAACCCUCAUGGCGGGCGGCUGCCUAUGCAUUCCCUCUGAUUUAGAACGGCGCGAUCAGUUGGCAGAAACGGUUACAGCGUUGCGCACGAAUUUUGCCAUGCUGACACCAUCUGUUCUGCGGACAAUCGACCCUACCAUCGCUGUAUCUUUGGACACAGUCAUUACGGGUGGAGAGUCCCUGAGACCAAGCGAUAUUCAGCAGUGGGCCCCAUAUGUUAACCUUUUAACGGGCUACGGGCCAGCAGAAGCCGCUGUCACGUUUACCAUGAGCUCCUGUAUCCGAGACCCCUCUCAGGCUACGAACAUCGGAUCUCCUGUGGCAGGUGCUGUCCAUGUAGUAGACCCCAGAGACCCGCAGCGGCUGGUUCCCAUAGGUGCAAUUGGCGAGCUUCUUCUUCAAGGGCCUCAAGUAUCUCAGGGCUAUCUUAAAAACACAGAGAAGACGAGAUCCACCUUCAUCGCACCUCCGAGAUGGUUGAAGGAAGUGCAUCAGCAAGACCCCUACGAUUGUGAGGCGCCGCUGUACUGUACGGGCGAUCUUGUCCGCUAUGGUCAGGAUGGCUCAUUGUGGUUCAUGGGCAGAAAGGAUAAUCAGGCAAAGCUGCGAGGGCAGCGUAUGGAGUUAGGUGAAAUUGAGGAGCAGAUUAAGCGGACCAUGAUCGGAGUGAAAGACGUGGUGGCAGAAGUAAUCACACCGUCGUCAACAUCCGAUUCCCCAUGGCUUGCUGCUUUCGUCACACUGGUUGAACCAGGUCCUGAAUCAUCAUCAACAGGGAUCAUUCCAUCGCUAGACACCCUCCUUCCCUCAAGCUUUGCGGAAACAACCGCAGCUGUUGUUCGGCAACUUGAAAGCGUGCUUCCCAGCUAUAUGGUCCCGUCCCUAGUUAUACCUCUUCGGCGCAUGUUACACACACCAAGUGAAAAGGUCGACCGUCGAUUGCUGCGAGAGGCAAUCGCAACUAUUCCGCGACAUGAGCUUGACCGGCACUUGGCGCCAGAAGCCAUCGACAAACGAGCACCAUCUACAGAGGCCGAGUACUUGCUUCGGGAUAUCUGGGCUCGUGUGCUUCGCGUCACAGCGGAUGAAAUAGGGGCAGAUGAUAGCUUCUUCCGCUUGGGAGGUGAUUCUAUCUCGGCCGUGAGGGCCCCCGUGGAGGCUCGCUCUUCGGGUGUCAAACACUCUGUCGGAGAAUUACUCCAAUGGCAGACUAUCUCUGUAGUGGCUGAGAGAUCCGCACACAUUCCAACGCGCGAACAUUCCUGGACCACCCCUGUGCCCUUUUCGCUGGUCUCAGACAGCGAAAAAGCAAGCGUCCUCUCCUCAGUCUUAUGCAAAAUGCGUUCUUUAAUGCCCGAUGAUGUACAAGACAUCAUUCCGGCAGCUCCACUGCAGGCAUUCUAUAUCACCCAUUCGUCGCCUGUUUCUAUGACGCAGUCUUUCGAAACUCACUUCGAUACCAGCCGGUUUCGCAAUGCAUGUACACGUUUAGUCGCUCAGCAUACCAUCCUGCGCACAGCUUUCGUCCGUCAUAACAAAAGAUUUUUCCAGGUGAUCCUGAAGGAGUUUGAUCCGAAAAUCGAGUUCAUAGAAUGUGCAGACCCGGAGCAAUGGGUUCAAGCAAAGUCCAAUGAGCCAUCAUCAGCUACGACAGCUGAAAGUUCGAUACCACUGGCAUUUACUGUUGUGACCAGUUCCACCCAACAAUGGUGCAUGCUCAUCAUUCAAAUUUCCCACGCGCAGUACGAUGGACUUUCUGUGCCAGUCCUUUGGGAGGACCUCAUUACUGCGUAUCAGGAGGGGGAGUUGAAGGAAAGCGGGCAAUUCAGGGACGUGGUUUCAUACCGCCUGGACGCGGAGAACCCUAGCUUGCCCUUCUGGAAGGAUCAACUCAAAGGUGCCCCUGUCUCGGCAAUUGACCCCUUGCAACUCACUGGAAUGUCCCAGCCUUCCAUUAACGAUGUUUCUGUGGAGCUCAAAAUCUCCCAACCACCGCUUCUGUCGGGCAUAACUCUUUCCACUCUUGUUAAGGCAGCAUUGGCAUGGGUAUUGUCGCAGCAGGCUGAAUCCUCUGAUGUUAUUUUAGGCCAGAUCGUGCACGGGCGUGGUGGCUCUCUUCCCAACAUAGACAGGACGUUGGGGCCAUGCCUCAAUCAGCUACCACUACGGGUCAUGCUGGAUGCUGAAUGGACCGUCGAAGAUCUCCUGCGAGAUGUUCAGGGUCGGCAGGUGGAGAUAGUGGCGAACGACAACGUUUCGUUCGAACAGAUUGUCCGCAGCUGCACCUCCUGGCCCGAAGGCUCAACCUUUGGCUGCUUUGUGCACCACCAGGGGCUUGCGAUGACUGAAACCGCAGCUGUCGUGGAGAUUUGUGGCAUCAAACCAUCGUCUGGCCCAGGAAGGGCCACCUCUAGAAUGGCUGCUGGACAAGUCGGAGUGGUUUCGAUAGAACAUGAAUCGUGUCUUGAGGUGCGCAUCACUGCUGCAGAGAACACAUUGGAUCAACCCAGCGCCAUUCACUUGGCAAAGAGGGUCGUUGAUGCCAUUGAGUUGUUUGCGGGCUCUCCUUCCUCAAGUCUUUUGUCAUUGGCUUGACUGAAUUAUUGGAUUUGGGUUGUGUGAUUUGAUUGACUGC